AUGGAAUCACCACUAACGCCCCUCUCGCGCACGCCCUCCACGCACAGCAUCUACGCGCCUGGCUCCCACCGCCGCUCGCAUCCUAACCUCUCACACCUAUCCCUCGCGCCGCUGACACCGCGCUACCCCAUCGACCCUGCCGACUACCUUGCCUACACAGACCCCACCACCUCAACACUACACACCUCAGCCUCGAUCUCGCACAUUGCCUCCCUCCCUUCGCCCGGUGGCAUAUUAAGCAAUACCUCACCGACAACACCACGCUCCCGCGCCACGAGCCGUACGCGUCUCAAGCGCAAGGCCAAAAGCCACGUCAGCGUCGUGCUGCCACAGACUCAGACGGAGGGUGAUGCCGGCGGGCUGCUACAGCCAUCGUCGUUAGUACCUAGCGGUGCGGUCAGUAGCGCCGGGUACGGACACAGCGUGCUGCGCGCAGCGGCGCAGCAACCAAAAACCUCAAAGAGUCAUACCCAUCUAAGCAGGCUGAGCGUCAAGCGUGAUGCGAGCUGGCUGGUACACACGGGCCUGGCGCUGACGGAAAGUGGGCGGGAAAGUAAAGGACAGAGCUGGCUCGGGAAGCGGGACUCGAGCACGAGUCUGGCGGCCUUGAGCACCGUGAGUGUCAGCGUGUUGGGUAGUCCGAGUGAGGAGCGAAGGGAGGGGUUCGUUCGGAGUGGAAGGCAGACGCCCGGAGGCGGGAGUCGGCCCGUCAGUCGCUCGCGGAGGAGUCGUAAGGAACUGGCUAUGACGUCAGUUGCUGUGCUUGCCGGCGAUGGAGCCUACGCGAGCGGGAUUGAUGGUGUCGAACCGGACUGGGCGGAUAAGGAGACGCAGGCGGAGUUGGCGGCGAAUGAGGUCGGCUGGGAUGGGGAGGUGUUGAGGGAGGAAGAGGCCGAGGACGAUGAAGAGGACGAAGAUCCCUACGGUGAAUUGAACUUCGAUGGCCAUUUCGACACCGAGAGCGACAUCCUGGAUGAAGAGGAGGUUCGGCGGGAGCUCAACAAGGGCGGGCUGGGUAAGUGGAUCGAAGGAGUCGUCGAUGUGUUCCUGAUGCUGGAAGACGAUGUCCCUGAAGACUUUGACGCGGAGAGCAGGCAGGGCCUAGAACAAUCACGCACCUUAGCGGGCGAGAGUGCGCGCCGGGGGCCGUCCGAAGAUCAGCAGGAAGAUGUGAAGCCGGCAUGGGAUGACGGGCGGGAAGAGCAGGAUAUUGAACCUCCGCCACAGCAACCGCAGGGCAUGUGGGACGAUGUUCGAUGGCUUUCCAAUGUUGUGGUGAGGAAUCUUUGGUCCUAA